AUGAGAUAUUUUUUCUUUUCGCCAGUUAAGACACAAUUAGUGUCUGGUAAAAUUUUAAAUAACAAAGUGCUCUAUAGAACACUAAGCAAUUGCUUAUGUAAGCGUUCUCAAAAAUUUAGAGACACCAAAACAUUUUACUCUGGUAGAUUUGAAUGUACACAACAAUUAUUUAGCAAACAUUUAUUUUAUAUUAAUGAUAAAUAUUAUUUAUUUGAUUGUUCGAAAAGAAAUUUUUCCGUGCAUAGCAAAACUCCUCAUCCUUUAAUGGAUAUGAACGUGGUCAUGUCUCCUAAUUUUUUCCAAUCUCUUCGUAUUAUGUUCAACUCGUACCUGAUAAAAAACUUUGAUAAAGAAUUUAGUAUAGUCGAGUUUUUAAAUAAUUCAAAAUUGGCUGUAUCAGUCGUCACAAAUCUUAUUGCUGAAAUGAAGUUUUCAGAAUUAGAUGGUUUACUUACUCAUGAUUGUAAAACUGAAGUUGAAAAAAAUAUAAAAACAAUGGACUCUGCUGAAAGGCUUAAAUUAGCUAUUAAUGUUGAAGACAUAAUGCAAUUUUUUCCUUGUCAAGCAGAUAUAAUUAAAGAAAAAAGAUCUGUUUUCUGCAGUUGCCGAGAUUCAAGCAGAUAUGGUUACAAUUUACAAUUGUAG